UAUUAUCAUUUGUUCUUCCAAUUCCCUUUCCUUACUGAUAGAUUGGUUGAUUCCAGUGUCUGGUGUGGUUGCUAUUGUCCUGAUAUUGGUACUAGCCAUUGGUAUAGCCUCAGUAUUGCUACUGGUAGCAUGUGUACAGACUAAGAGACUGGGGAAAAGAACCCACUCUUCAAAAUCAGCACUGACGGCUUCUGCUGCCUGGUCCGAGUUUGAUUCGAAGGCCGUGGAGAAUGGGGCAUUAAUUGGAAUAGGUACGUUUGGUCCGGUACACAAGGUCAGUGUCCCUGUGGGAGGAAAAGGAAAGAAAGGGAAAGAGACUAAGGAGGUCGCUGUAAUCUCAUUAAAAUCUUCAGCUACUAAAAGAGACACUGAUGAUUUUUAUGAUUAUUUGGAAUUACUAAAAAUAAUAUCAAAUUUCAAGGAUUCCUCCUCCCUGCCUGUCCUCCAGUUGGUUGGGUUCAAUACAACAGAGACUCCUCACUACAUCAUGACUGAACUAUCAACUCAUGGAGACCUACUCACCUACCUUAUUGACAUCAGACAAAAUAUGGAAGGUGGUAGUAUUCAUGAUGAUAUUCCAGCUAGUACUACAACUGGUGUACUACCUUAUCGAGCUGAUAGACUCAACCCUUCUGAUGUACUCUCCUUUGCUAAACAAAUUGCAUCUGCUAUGGAUGCACUCUCAGAUACUGGUAUAGUCCACAAAGACUUGUCCUGCAGGAACAUAUACCUUGACUCAGGCCUCAAUCUAAAGGUGGCAUUCUUUGGUAUAGUCCCGGCCUCCAGAGGACUCAAAAGAGACUCAGUAUAUCCUCUUGAUCUUCCUCUCCGCUGGAUGGCCCUUGAAAGCAUUCUUGAUAAUAAUAACUUCACUACUGCCUCUGAUGUAUGGGCCUUUGGUGUUACCAUAUGGGAGAUUGUUACAUUAGGUGGGUUCCCAUAUAAGGGCAUACCUGAUAACAGUAUCCUCUCCUACCUCAUGAAUGGAGAGAGACUGAGGUGUCCAGCAAACUGCUCCACUGAACUUUAUUCUAUCAUUGAGUCUUGUUGGUUCCCUGAUCCAAACUCCAGACCGACCUUUGAGCUACUUCAUGAGACAAUCCUCAACCAACUAACUCAGGGAGACUGCCAGCGUCUCCUCCGCCUCAACCCAAGAGACUUUCAGCCCUCCCCCAGCACAGACUCCGCCCUAGGCUCCUCCCCCUUUCCCGAGAGUACCGACACUUCAUGUCACGACAUUCAAGUCGACGAAGAAGACUCAAUUUUACCCCCACCCCCUGAAUUCACAUCCGCCGUCAACCUAAUGUUCCGAAAAGACUCUCUUGAUCCUCCAGUCGCUAUCACGCUGGAGUCCGUUGGUAGUGGGCGUGGCAAACGGAUGCCCCUGGCGACGGAUCUUGAUGCCCCUAGGGUGUGUGUGGGCAGUAAAGUGUAUGAGGUUAUUGAUGAGAAUGAGACUAAUGGAGCUACUGAAGUGUAGGGGAGUACAGUUGCAGGAG